UUGACAAUUGACAUUGAGAAUACAGAAAGUGGAAAAUUCAAAUUUCUAAAUAGCAUUUGUUUCUAAUUGAACUACACAAAAGAAUACAAAUAAAAAUCUGAAUUUUUAGACUAGUUACGUUUUAAAGCGGAUAAAAAAAUUAAGUGAGAUUAUAAUUACCCAUACAUUAAUAAAAUGCGCAUACUAACCUUAAACCUAUUACGAAAUAGUAACUUCGAUCUUAAUAAACUGCGAUUUCUCUGUUCUACUGAAAAAGUUAUACAGCCAAAGGGUGAUAUACAAAAAAUUUCUGGUGACCUUCGCAUGAUAGAAUUUCUUCCAUCAUGGAAAGCUGACGAGGACACAGACUUAAGAAAGCAGGUCGUACGCGAUAUGCGAGUGAUUCCUGACUUUAUUAACGAGACUGAAGAAAUUUCUCUACUAUCUGAGGUGGAACCACAGCUUAAACGGAUGAGAUAUGAGUUUGAUCAUUGGGACAAUGCAAUAGAAGGCUAUCGUGAAACAGAGCGUCAAGCAUGGAAUGAGCAGAACAGUGUGACACUGGCAAGAGUUCGGUCAGUUGCAUUUGAGAAUGGUGCAGAGCUUCUACCGCAUACACAUGUUUUAGACCUUGCUCCUGCAGGAUAUAUUAAGCCUCAUGUUGAUGCUGUUCGGUUUUGUGGUGACACUAUAGCAGGUCUGUGCUUGUUAUCUGGAGCUGUUAUGAGGCUCAUGCAUGAGAACAGUCCCGAUUAUGUCUUAGAUGUAUUGCUACCAAGAAGAUCACUUUAUAUUAUGAGCGGCGUGGCGCGAUACCAGUUUAAUCACGCUGUUUUGUCAAAUGAGAAAAGUGUAUGGCGUGGAGGGAAACUGAUCAAGAAGCGGCGAGUAGCAAUUAUUACCAGAGAACAACCAAAAAAACCAGCAGAUAUAAUUUAAAAAAUCUACUAAUCCUUAGGGCUACUCGGAACUCUUUAUAUUACUUUAUAAGGAAGAACUUAAAAUUGCACAGUGAUUUGCCAAAUAAAUUACUGUCCAAUACAUGUUCCGAACUAUUGUAUUUUAUAAAGUUGGCCCUUUUUCUAUCGACUCGGUUUAUAUAAAAUUGUCUGUGAUAACUCUGAACUAAUUGUAUAAAAUAGA